AUGUCCUCUUCGCUUCCACAAUUGCCCGCCGAGUUUGUGCAGGCCAUCGAGCUCAUUGACCUUGCACAUGCACAAGAUGAGCGCGAGGCCAAGAAUACCGGCGACGAAAAGGCUCCAUUUGAGCUGCACUACGCGCGAAAAAUGACUUCAUGGCUGGCCGUCCGCUGUCCAGAAGCGUCGCCCAUUUUGCAAGUCGCAUGUCGUGCGCAACACUUUCGACGCUGGGAGAUUCCACGGGACUCGUUCCCCAUGACUCGUCCGGGGUACCUGACCUGGCGCGCAAAGCAAAAGGCGCAAGCCGCCUCCCACGUCGCGGAGCUCCUCGGCUCCCCCUCCAUUGUGCCCGCCAUCCCCGAGGCGGACCGCGCGCGCGUCGCCGCGCUCAUCCGCAAGGAGCGCCUCGAUGCGGACCCCGAGGCACAGGCGCUUGAGGACGUGGCCUGCCUCGUCUUCCUCGACGACCAGUUCGACGACUUUGAGCGCCGCGAGGACGUCGACGAGGCCAAGAUGGUCGGCAUCCUGCGCAAGACCUGGGGCAAGAUGAGCCCCCGCGGCAGGGAGAUUGCGCUGGGCAUGAACCUGAGCGACAGGGCCAAGACACUGAUUGGGAAGGCGUUGGCGGGCGAGGAGGGUUCUUGA